AUGAGUGAUUUAAAAGAACAAACAUCCACGGAUAAACGUCGAGCCAGUGGAUCUGUAAAUACUUCCAAGAUUUCCAUUAAACAUCGAAAAGCUGGUGAAUUCGUUGCUCGUGAAUCUUUACUAACUGAAUUAUUUCACAAUCCACAUAUUAAUUGUGUGAGAAAUGGAUUCAUUGCUGGUUUCAUUUUGAUGAUAUUACGUCAUCUAGUCGAUGAUUUACUUCAUUAUGGAAGACCAAAUUGGACAUUUGAAUUAUUAUUUUUAACAGUUGGUCAAUUGCAUAUUACCAUAAUGAUUUGGUCUGUUAUGACUUUUUGUACAACUUUUGUUGUGUAUUAUGGAACAUAUAUUUGGGCAAAUAGUCAAUUAUAUGACAUGUUUUGGCUAUUGAUUUAUAUUUGUUAUCAAAUAGGUUUAUUUGUUAUACCAUGUUGGCUAGUAAAUAAAUAUCAAUUGCCAUUUGCUUGCGCAGCAACUGUUAUUCUUGAACAACUACGCCAAAUCUUGAAAAUACAUUCAUUUGUACGUGAAAAUGCUGGAAAAAUAAUUUCUCCAUCAAAUAAAUCAACUGAUUCUCAAUUAUCUUCUGAAUUUAGUCAUUUUAAUCAAUAUUUAUAUUUUCUCUAUGCACCUACAUUAGUUUUUCGAGAUGUUUAUCCUCGAACAUCGACUAUUCGAUGGAAUAUUGUUUUUCAAAUGUUUGGUCAAGUUCUAAUUGGUACCAUUCUACUUUAUCAUGUUAUCGCAUAUUAUUGGAUGCCAGUGUUUGCUCGAUGUUUUACAGAUACUAAACUAACAUAUCCAUCUGUAAUAACAUCUAUAUUUGAUUUAAUGCUUCCAGGAGUUCUGUUUUUUGUAAUCGGUUUUUAUGGUUUUUUUCAUUGUUGGUUGAAUGGAUUUGCAGAAUUACUUCGGUUUGCUGAUCGAACAUUUUAUCAGGAUUGGUGGAAUGCAACAUCAUCUGGAACAUUUUGGCGAUCAUGGAAUAUUGUUGUACAUGAUUGGCUUCAUGUUUAUGUUUAUAAAGAUCUUAUCAAAUUAUUCUCCGGUAAUAAAAAAUUAUCAGCAAUUUGUGUAGUCAUUUUUUCAGCUAUACUUCAUGAAUAUUGUAUGAGUAUUGUAUUUGGAUUUUGCUCUGUAAUAUUCAUUGUUUGGUUUGGUUUAGUUGGAAUGUUCCUUCGUAUUGUUUUUCCACAUUCAAAGGGAACACUAUGGAAUAUUAUAAUAUUAACAAUGACACCAAUAUCUCUGGCAGUCGUUCCAUAUUUUUAUGCUCUUGAAAUAUCUGCUCGACAUUUCCCUUCGAAUCGUGCAACAUUCUGGGAUGUAAUGUUUAAGUAUGGUAAUCAGUCAAAAGCUGAUUUAUGA